AUGUUCAACCCUGACCCCAGUGUUCCGCUGAGGCAGUCCAGCAUCAAUGAGUUGGGGCGUCGGUACUACGAGGAACCUGCUAGGUUCCACACCCGGAUCCGGGUGGCCAUUGCACCGGACUGGCACUUGUCCUGCGAUCCGCAGAAGGCCAAGCCGGUCAGCCCACCCGAGAACAUCAUGGCGUUUCUUUUGUCCAUUUACCGGGACAACCUCGAGGAAGAUAAGAUGGAGAAAUGGAAGCGCUUUGCUUUGGCCGUGGAGUUCGAGUACAUUGUGGCGACUAGUGACACCGAUCUCUACUUCCUCGCGACCAACUAUCGACAGGAUUUGAAGACGGACAAGGUAACGGAGAGCUUUGUGGAGACUUCCAUUGCCUUGUCGAAACGUGUCUUCUCGUCACGCAAGCUGUUGGACCUGCUGCUCGAGGCAGAUGAAACUGACUCCGAGACCAAUCCUUUCAACAAUCACACCAAGUUACAGCUGAUCUUGAACAGGGCCAAGUCAGCUCGUAAUGUGGAAUGGUAUGACGGCUGGAAAAACGGGCACCUCAGCCCUGAGAUGCUGACAUGGAGAGGCAUCUACAAUUCCCUUCAUGGCAAGGGGACUUGCGACAUGUUCAUUGGGCAGCUUGACUUGCGGGAGGACUAUGGCUGGUCAUCUGACCUUGUGACCGAGAUGAAAAGUGUUUGCCAAGAUCAUGGAACUUACAGGAAGUGUCUUGCCUUGAAGUGCGGCUACGCGAACGAGAAGAAGGAUUUGACCUGGAGGGCAGGUUGGCCCAGAUCGGCAGAAAUUUUCUGGUCUUUUCUGGAGGACGAGGACGAUGUUGAGAUGGUGCCGCAGAACCUGCCGGAGGAAGCCGAGGAUGAGAAGGGAACCAGCCAUCUCAAGGUGCCCCCUUCGAUCUUGAAGACCAAGAGGGGACAGGCUUGCACUACAUCUGAUGAGAGUGCGAAACUAGAUGAGGAGACCUUGCGGAAGGACAGCAAGGUUUGUGGAGAAGCGGGCACACAGCCCUCUUUGCGUUUGCCGCCUCUGCGUGAAAAUCGCCACAACAAGCUCUUCCAGGCCGCGCUCGGCCUUAGGCAGGAAAAUGGAACCAUACGCCCUGGUGACUGCAUGCUGAUUCUGGAUGGAGGAAGAGACGGACUACAAUCCACUCUGCUUGGAGCCAUAAAGCCAAGCGCGACGGCUGGCAAUAUGCCCAAGUGGAAGACAACCAAGUUUCUUUUUUGGGAUGAACGUUCAAUUCGUCAGAAAAAGAAGAGAAACAAAGGCAGCCAUGUGAAUCAGUUAGAGCGUCUUUUCCUGAUCCUGCCAGAGGAAGCUGGCCUGGUGUACAAGAAGAGAAAGCACUAUGCUGGCACAUCCCAUGGGGAUUGUAUCGGACCAAUCCUUGCCCCUGCUUGGGACGAUGAAAAGGAGACUUGGUCAAUGACCUACGCCGAGAAAAAGGUACUUUAUGGAGCUGUCAACCGGAUUGCCGUGGGUGGAAAGCCUGAUGAGGUUGCCAACGACCAGCAAAAGGGUGUCCGGCGCAAGGAUGCAGAUGUGGAGCCGGUGGCAUUCCAUUCGCUGCCUUCGGAAAAGGUAUCGGAGAUAUUUCAUGAGUUCAAUAUCUCGGCGAUGUUGGACUUGUCCUGCUGCGACGGGAAGACCGCCUGGGAAGCUAUCUUGCAAAGGGUAGCUUACAUUGGCAUUUGCUUCACCGAAGACCAUGUCAAGUUCCUUCUGAGACACCUGGAGACCAAAUGUUGGGAAGGCAUGCUGGACCCCGAGUCCAGCAUUUUUGAGCCCUCACUCCUGGCCUUGGUGCAGAAGAAGCCGAAGAAUCGCAAAAAGUCCAAGGUGAACAUGAUGUUCCCCUGUCAUUGUCAGUCGGUUGUCCAUUCCACCGCCAUAAACCUAAUUAAGGAUGAUGUUAGUAGCCUGUUCUGGCAGGCAGCUGAGGAAGAAGCAGAAGAGCCGAAUGAAGAUGAGGAUGAAGGAGAAGAACAGGAGGAAGAAGACCAGGACGAUGAAAACGAAGAUGAGGAUGAGGAUGCAGGAGAAGAACAGGAGGAAGAAGACCAGGACGAUGAAAACGAAGAUGAGGAUGAGGAUGAAGGAGAACAGGAGGAGGAAGAGGAUGAGGAGGAUGAGGACAAUGAUGAGGAACCAGAGAAGAGGGGACAGAAGAGAAAGGCAGCGGGCAAAGCAAAGGCCAAGGCGAAGGCAAAGGGACGUGGAAAAGGCAAGAAGCCAAAGGCAAAAGCAAAGGCAACGGGACGCCCCAAGGUGCCCCACUGCCCCACUGUUAAUUUGAAAAACCAGGUCCAGCUUUUAAUUUCUGGGGCACUUCCCCCCUUUUAG